AUGUCUUUUGAUGCCUAUAACAGGGCGCUGCCGGACCACUAUCUAACAAGUCCCGGUGCCCCUCCAGCUGCGGAUCUCUUGAACCCGAGCGACCUCCCAGCGGCUAAUGGACAAGAGUUCAAAGAAGGCCCGACCAAAGGGUUCAUAGACCUGAUUGAAGCUCAUGUCGAGGGCUUUGGUGGACGGGACAUCACCGUCCUUCAAACAUCCAAGUACCUUCCUCGCAAGAGUGCCGCAACAAAAAAGCCGGAAACCGAGUACAAAGACUAUGCCGUCAUCCUUCGCCGUACAGUGCUUGAAAGAAACAAGCAGGCCAAUGUUGUCCGCCUCGAACUGGAGAUCCACUCCAAGCGACUUUGCCAAAAGUUCAGGGAGAUUGCCGCCAGAUCCUACGAAUCCACGGACCUCCAGACAUACCCCAUAAAGAUCAGAGGUCCGUUCAGCGAGCUAUUCUUCUAUCGGAAAGAAAUACAUGAGCUUGCCGAAAAUCAGGACAUCGACGCAGACCUUCGCCGCGAUGCCAAAGCGCUGGAUGAUUUUGUCAACAAGGGCAACGGCAUGAUGACGAGUAUCAUCGAAGACCAUGAGAGGUACUCAAAGGACAAAAAGGUCAUCAACGACAUUCUGUGGACGAUUUACCCGCCCAACAGCCUCGCUGUCCUCGACUUGGGCAAAAUCAAGGAAUGCUGGCUGGUGCGAAAUGUCUAUCAUAUGGAACACCCAAAAAGCAGGAGGCUUUACUGGGUCGUCACUGGGCUCCGCCUCGAUUACGAUGGCACGGCUCCAGGGUUGACGCGCCAGAAAUUCCUUACCCCCCUCACCGGGAUGCGCCCGCACAAACUGCUGGCAAGGUCCAAGAAGCUGAGGGCAGUCCUGGGUGGUGACUUCUCAUCAUUCGGAUGCCAGAUAUACAGCGGGCCUUCGUGGGACAAUGGGGUUUGGGAGGAUGUCUUCCCGGUCCUGGACGGGGCGAACCCGAUCUUGUUAUCCAAGCAUAUCCAGGAGCGUGUCAUGGUCGACUUCAAAUCUUUCGCAAAAGAUAUUACCCUACCCUCGUUGGUCGAUAUCCAGAAGGAUGCGGGAAUCCACCCGUCGAAGGGUCGAACUACGGCGAGGGGGACCUUAUCUGUCCCCGAAGCAAGAAAGCGCCGCGGUCAUCGGCAAAGAACUAUGUUUCACUCUGAUGAUUCUGAUUCCGACUUUAAUGAGCCGAAAGUCGAUGAGAUGCUGCAAGACCUGGAGGAUCCGAUGAGGUACAGAACGGCGAGUGCUUUGGAAGGGGAUACACGGGCUUCUGAUGAGAUUGAACACGGAAUCGACACUCUUCAAGGUGUAGCACAGGCUACUAUCAAAGCACUUCAUAUCUCACAUCAAGAGUUUGAGCUGAUCUUCCCAGCCUUUGUACCGGCCUUUGGUCUAAGAACCAAAAAGUGGAAAUGGAUCCUCAGCGAUGAACUGCAGGACGUGAGGUGGAACAAUGUCGCAUUCCAGUCUCUCCAACUCGAAGAAGUAACCAAGAAGUUGGUAGAAUCUUUGGUAAAAGGACACAAAAACAAGUCGGUUGCUUUUGACGAUGUGAUUGCCGGAAAAGGCCAAGGACUGGUGUUCCUUCUACAUGGAAACCCCGGGUUGGGCAAAACCCUCACAGCCGGUGGUGAACUGAGCACCCGCGUCAGCGAUGUAGAGGAGCGACUGGACGAUAUCUUUGACUUAGCCAAAAGAUGGGACGCUGUCACGCUACUUGAUGAGGCAGAUGUUCUCCUGUGCAAAAGGAACUCGGCGGAUAUGGAAAGAAACGCAAUCGUCGGAGUAUUUUUGCGGACUCUGGAAUACUUCCAAGGAGUCCUCUUCCUUACUACCAACCGCAAGGAUGACUUUGACGACGCUUUCAAAUCCCGCAUUCAUGUGACAAUUUGCUACCCAGAACUAUCGGAGAAAGCUCAGAGUCAAAUUUGGGAGGGCUUAAUUACCGCGAAUCAAAAAGUGGCAACUGACAGGUCGUGGAAUGAGGAGGUGUAUGGCGCUUUGGGAAGAUUGAACCUGAAUGUAAGUCAGUCGAAAAGCGCGCAGCACUCUAUGGAAACCCCGCCUAAGGACCUUCCCAAGGUCGAUUUGAUACUCAAUGCGUUCUUGAACUGUGAGGCUGACAAAAACGCACAAAGGGCCGGACAAUCAAGAACAUCUUGA